AUGCCUGGAAAGCGCGAAAAGAGAUACUUGGGCGUCGUUUCUCUCUUUAUCCUUCUGAUUCAUACGACGUCAGGAAUAGGUUCCGUUACACCCGAAGUUAUUGUUCUGGACGCUAACGGGAAUCAGAAGGAACUAGACGAAGUUGCCAUUGUUUUCAACUCAUACGUCACUUUAAUUUGCCGUACUGUUUCUAACGAACAUUCUUUAAGAUGGAUGUAUGCGCCUUCACAAAAUGAAGCAUUUACACCAUUGAAGGAAUCUGAACAUGUCAUAAUUUCUUCAGAGAAAAACGAAGAAGUAUCAUUACAACUUAGCAAUGUCAGAUUUCAUAUGUCGGGUGUUUAUCAAUGUACAAAUGAACUCGCCAGUCGUCAGAUCAGUGUUCAUGUAUACGGAGUUUUAAGUAAAAUUAGCAGUACUGUCAAUUUGAUAAAGAAAUACGAGGUUGUCGGCUCGUAUCACCUGCAGAUUAAUGCAUUGAAUAUGACUCACCGUCCUGUUGUCGCGUGUGCAUUCCGAGUUGGACCAAAUGGUAUAAAGUAUACUACUGUUCGUUGGAAAGGUGGCAGGUACCAUUCCAAACCUAAUCUGUAUGAAGUUGCCGAAAGUCGAGACGAAAAGUCGGGUACAAUAUGGAGUAACUUAACUUUACUACGGCCUUCUUAUGAUCAAGAAUUGUAUGGCAAAUACUAUUGUAUGUUCAACGUAGUACCUGGUACAAUGGAGACAGCCGAAGUAGAAAUAAACAUUCCACCAUUGAUACACAAAUAUGAACGUAGUGUAAAUCCGUAUUCUGGUGUAAAAUAUACUUUCUUAUGCGAUGUUGUUGCCUAUCCACCAAUUACUGAACCUAUUACAUGGGUUAGAAAUGAUGUUCCUAUAACUAUACAAAGUAAUGGGCAAGCUUAUAUACAAGAUUAUGACAGUGAAAAUCGUAUACAUUUUGAAACUAAAAAUAUAUCCAAUGAUCAAAUUGUAUUCGAUUCAAUACAACCAGACGAUAGAGCUGUUUAUUCAUGUUUUGUUCGUGGAGCACUUGGCAAUGAUACUGCAGCAUUUUAUUUACGAGUAAAAGAUCGUCGGGCUCCCUUAUGGCCUCUAAUUGGUAUAAUCUUGGAGAUAUCAAUUUUGCUUAUAAUUAUUGUGAUAUAUGAAUUGAAACGUCGUGAGCGGGCGAAACGACGAGAUGCAAGCGAUAACCUGGUCGUUUCCAGUAAAACACCGAAUGCAAUGUAUGGCAUUGACGAAGCUAAUGAAGAUAUGUUAUUACGACAACGAGGUGGCUAUCAAUAG